UUGACUUAUGUUCUUCCUGUUGAUGGAUGGUACCAUAGAUUUAUAGGAUUCAAGAAUGGUUGCAGAUUUUAAAGGAUGGCUCAUUGUCCUUGUAAUCACUGGAAUGUUUACAAAUGUUUACAAGUAUGUGUGUUGAUUUGUACAGAGCCAAUCGGUGGAGAAAUUACAAUUGCAUUAGAGACAUCAUGGAUGGAUAGAGCUCCCCAAACAGAGAUGGGGAGACGAUUGAUGGAACAACUUAGAGAGGAAAAUUUUGCAAAGAAAGCCCCCACACAACCUGAGCGGAGAGGAUGCUACUACACAACUAUCCCUGCUUCGGUUAAACACAGGAACAUUUCUGCAGAUGAGCUGACUUUGCUGAAUUUGGACAGAACAAGCUUGCUAGAGACUUUCCUGGCCAAAAAUUAUCAAGGCCAAGAAGAUUUACUCUUGGGGGAGCUACAAUUCUCGUUCAUAGCGUUUAUGAUGGGACAGUCGCUGGAGGCGUUUAUGUAGUGGAAAGCAUUAGUCAGUCUUCUUUUGAGCUGCAGUGAAGCUGUAAGUACUAAUAUUUCUAUCUCAUGCUGCAUUUUAUUCUCGCUCCUUCAGUAUUGAUGAUUCAAAUGUCUACAUUCAUCUCCUCUGUAGUAUUGCUAUUCAGUUUGGAAAUUCAUAUGAAACUAGCUGGUUACCCAAAUGACCCUGGCUCGUUUUAAAGAACCCUGGCCCAUUUCAGCCCUCAAAUGACCCCUUUUGGCUCAAUAUUAUUUAUUACCUUUGACCCCAAAGAAGGUUGGAUGCUGGUGAACAAAUUGCAAACCUGAGAGAUUAAACCAAGUUUCAGGGUGAGAAAUUGAAACUGACCAGGUUCUGGUAGACAGCCCCAUAACAGUUUGUGAAAUGUGGUGGUAGUCUGGUCAAGAAGGAAUCUUACCUAAAUAUAUUCACAGUUGAACUGCUAAAUACAGUGACAUCAUUAUUUGUUGGGCCUAUCCCAAAUUCUCUUUUGGUCCCUGCUUUGGAUAGCCACUAGAAGGUAAUUAAGGUGCCUAUUAUUUAUUCAUAUUUGUUUAACCGAUGGUGGUCACAAGCUAUGUUUAUAUUUCUUCACCUUAAGGUGAUUACAAGCAAGGAGCUACAUGCAUUUAUCUGUACUAUUAAAAGCACGAGAGGGCACAUCCAACUCUCAAUCUAAACCGUUUAAUUACAUCAUCAAGGGUCUAAAAACGAUGUUAACGAAACUGACAGUUUUCGUUGGCGUUAAUUCCUCACCCCACGUCGUCCUGCCUCACCAAGCCCGCCCCGCCUCCUCCUGGUCGCCCCG